UGACAAAAAUGAGCUUUUUGCGCAUGUUCAUUAAAUACAGAACACGCUUUCAGAAGUAAAUCGAUGAAAAGUACACCGUUAAAUAUCUAGUUAAAAUUUAGUUGGUUCUAAUAAAAGUGUAACCUCCGAGAAGUUCAAUGCAAAUGGGCGCAGCAGUUAAUAAUCCGCAAAAUAAAAGAGGUAUGAAAGGUAACGGUUUUAGAGGCAAAAAAAUGCACCAUCGGCGUUCGAACCCGCGAAAUCAACAACCACCGUCCUUGAUGGCCCAACCGAUGGGACGACCUCCGUUUCCACAUCCUCCGGGUGGUCGAAUGCCUCCGCCGGGUAUGAGACCGCCAAUGGGUCCCGGUCCGGGUCCUCGAGGUCCGCCUCCAUUUCGAAUGCGACCACCACAUGGAAUGGGUGGUCCGGGUCCGAGAGGGCCUCCAGGACCUCCGUUUGGAAUGCGAGGUAUGAGACCACCACCUCCUGGAAUGAGACCCCCUCCCCCAGGUAUGAUGAGACCUCCAAUGAUGCCUCCACCUAUGAUGGGACCUGGAGGUCCUGGUCCAAGAGGUUUUCGGCAGGGUCCGGGUGGACCAAGACCUUUGAUGCCCCCUAACAAAAUGCGACGAGGUCCCAAAGAUCGAAUAAUGAAGCGAAGAAGACACAGCAACAACGAUUUGGAUUUAAGUAAACCUUGGGUAACACAACAAAUUAAAGAAGAGUUUGAGAAAAAGAGUGAAUUAUUAAAAAAAGCGAAGAAUAGCCAAGCUAUGGCAGAUUGGACGCUAUUCAGGGAACAAAGGGAUGUUUGCAAUGGAAUGUAUAAUGCUGCAAAGUUGGAGUAUGUAGGAGAACAUCCAGAGGAGGAUUGGAGUAAUGAUAUCGAACGAAACGAAGAAGUAUCAGAAGAUGAUUGUCUUUCAGAUGAACAAGAAUUUGAAGACUAUGAUUACGAAGAUGAUUAUUAUUAUGAAGAACAAACAAAUUCUGACGAAUUAUCGUGUGAUACAUGUGAUAGGCAAUUUAACGACCAAAAUAGUUAUCAAAAGCACAUGUCUGAACAUGUUACUUGUAAAAUAGACGGAUGUACAUUUACAGCACAUGAAAAAAUUGUUGGCAAACACAUCGCGCUGCAACACAGCACCGGUUUAUACGACAAAAUUAGAAAUAUUUCAACACCUGAAGAUAUCCAAAAAUGGAUUGAGGACAGAAAACGGAAAUAUCCCUCAAAAGAAAACAUUGAAAAACGGAGAUUACAACAAGAAAAGUUACUGCAAAGAGGCGAAAAACUCGGUGUUUCUAAAGAUAGAUUUGGGAGGAAAAAUCAAACAAGAUUACAAAAACCUCCACAUUCAAAAUUUAAAGAUAAUCAAACAAUACUUCAUAAUAAAACACCCAAUAAAUUCCCAAAAAGAAAAAAUAAACUUAAUCAAAACCCCAAAAAAGAAUCUCUAAUCGAUGAUAAAUCUGAUUGGAAUGGGACAAUGUUUCCAUUUAGAGGAACUUCCUCGUUAAUUAUCACUGAAAAAAAGGAAGAACAUUUUGAUGAUACUGAAUGGGACGAAGAAAAAGUAAUCGAUAAAUCUAAUAAAAUAGUUUUAAAUAAUGCAUUAGGAGCUUUGAUGGGUGCUUAUAAUUCUAGUGAUGAAUCUGACACGGAAAUUAAGAAACAAUCUUUAAAUAAUCAAUUAGAAAUUAAAAAAGAAAAUGAAACAAUUAAGGUAAUCAGAAGUAUUAGUGAUGGUGAAGCUCCUGUUGAGGAAAAAAUUAAACGAAAAGACGAUGAAGUUAAUACCAAGAUAUUGGAGGAGAAAAAAGUUAAAUUAAAACGAAAUAGAAAAAGAAAUAAUAAAUGUGAGAAGGUGAAUAAACCUGAAAAUUCAGUGCCAUUUUUGCAACGUAAAUUUAAAAGGAGGAAAAGAACUUUAUUGGAAGGGUUGUUGGAGAAUGAUAUAAGGCAUGAAAGAAAUGUAGUUUUGCAGUGUGUUAGCUAUAUUGUUAAGAAUAAUUUUUUUCAAAAAGAAUAAUAUUUUUGUAAUUUAAUAAAAAAAUGUGUCUUACAA